UAAAAACGCAGCCUUCACCCCAAAAUAAAAACAGAGCAUAGGCAUAGAUGGUAAGCAGUUGAUUGAAGUCCGGCAACCUGUCAUGUUUUCAAAGAGAUUUGCAGUACAACUCCAAAGCUGUGUCAGACAAUUCUGUACAACAAAGUGUUUAACAGCUAACGCUCAGGCUUUUGAAUAUCCAUCUGUAUCCUCAAAACUUGUUAAAGAACUUCAAGGGAUUGUUGGUCAAUCAAAUGUAUCCACAGCUGAAGCAGUUAGAGAACAACAUGGUCAUGAUGAAUCAUAUCACAAAUCUUCCCCUCCAGAAUUGGUUGUAUUUGCAGAGAAUGUAGAACAUGUUAGUCAUGUUGCUAAACUAUGUAAUAAUAACAACAUACCAUUAAUACCAUUUGGUACUGGAACUGGUUUGGAAGGUGGUAUUAAUGCUAUUAAGGGAGGUGUUUGUUUAGAUUUAAAUAAAAUGAACAAUAUAUUAGCUGUUAAUCAAGAAGAUUUUGAUUGUACUGUUGAAGCUGGUGUAUCUAGACAAACAUUAAAUAGUUAUCUGAGAGAUACUGGUCUAGUGUUCCCUAUAGAUCCUGGUGCAGAUGCCUCAUUAUGUGGUAUGUGUGCUACAAGUGCAUCUGGUACCAAUGCUGUAAGAUAUGGUACCAUGAGAGAAAAUGUUUUAAAUUUGGAAGUGGUAUUGCCAGAUGGGAGAGUUUUUGAUACUGCUGGUAAAGGCAGGAGGACAAAGAAAACCUCAGCAGGUUAUAAUUUAACUAAUUUGUUUGUUGGUUCUGAAGGAACACUAGGUAUUAUAACUAAAGCUACACUUCGAUUAUAUGGUAUACCAGAAUGUACUGCCAGUGCUGUAUGUAGUUUUCCAUCAGUAAAAAACGCAGUAGAUACAACUGUCAAUAUAUUACAAUGUGGAAUACAGAUGGCAAGAAUAGAGUUUUUGGAUGAAGUAGCUAUUGAUGCCUUUAAUAAGUACAGUAAAUAUGAUAUGAAAGUGGCACCUUCUUUGUUUAUGGAAUUUACUGGAAAUGAAGGAACUUUGGCAAAGCAGGUUGAUUUAGUGAGUGAAAUAGUAAAUAUGAAUGAAGGGUCAGAUUUUAAAUGGGCAGAAGAAGCAGAAGAGAAGAAUAGGUUAUGGAAGGCCAGACAUGAUAUAGUGUAUGCCUGUAUGGCUCUACAACCUGGAUCUAAGCCAUAUUCUACUGAUGUUUGUGUACCAAUAUCAAGAUUACCUGAUGUUAUAGUUAGAAGUAAGGAAUUGAUAGAUGCUGCUGGUAUAAUAGGCUUUACACUAGGACAUGUUGGAGAUGGAAAUUUCCAUAAUCUUUUCUUAAUAAAUGAUGACAUGCCAGAUCAAAAAGCAAAAGCCAUUAAACUUUCCAAACAGAUAGCAAAAAUUGCUCAAGAAUUAGAUGGUACAUGUACAGGGGAACAUGGUAUUGGAUUAGGUAAGAAAGAAUUGUUAUUAAGAGAAAUUGGAGAAGAAGGCUUAGAGAUCAUGAAACAAGUGAAAUCUACAUUUGAUCCUAAUAAUAUUAUGAACCCUGGCAAAGUAUUUGUUUAACCAUCUAUAUUUCAUCAAGUGUAAAAAAUCAGGUACCUUAUUCACAGAAACAGACACGGAAAUGCUUUUAAAAAGCUCUUCAACUGAUUGGCCAAUCACUAAAAUUGAUUUUAGAUUUAAUUUGAUGGAAGAAUUACAUAUCUUAAAAUCUUGAUUUGAUUCAAGUUAAGGAUGUGAGAAUGAGACUCCAGAUCAAUAUAACAGAAACAAGCAUCUUAAAUAAUUGAAUGUUGGUACCAAAAGAGAAACAAUUAAAUUUCUAUACCACUAUUGAGUCUGACAUUCAAACAAAUUCAAAUUGACCGAGAUUUUCUGAAUUUAUGCAAACAGAGUCAGUGUGAAUGAUUUACGAUGUGAUUUAAAUAGCUGAUUACUCUAAUGUAAAUAAAAUUAGGAACUAAUGAUCUUAGUAAUUAAAAAGAGAUGUCAAAAUGUAUUUUAUUCAGCUGGACUGUAUUAAGUGAAUUAUAUAUGUAAUUGUCUAUGUUAUAAUGUUGAUAAUCGUUGAUGUUCAUACAUACUGUUUUAUAUAUGAUUAUAAUAUAAUAAACCUUUUAUAAACAU